GCGGAUGGUGAUGUCCCGCCAGUAAAGCGCAUCAGUGGGACCUGCGGAGUUAUCUUGUGGAUCGUACCAAGUUUUAUAUUUUAGAAAAUACCUCAGAAAGGAUCUUUCGGGAAGAGAAUGUCUCCAAUUCUAGCAGAUAGCAGCAGCGGCAGCCUGCCCGAGAGGGACGCCUAUGGCAAAAAUGGAUUUGUACAUAUCAAAAACCCUCACCUGGACCUGCUGCCGGAGGAUAUCCUCUACCAUUUUGACCUGGGAACUAAAACCCACGAUCUGCCCUCAAUGUUUGGGGAUGUAAAGUUUGUGUGCGUUGGAGGAAGCCCAAACAGAAUGAAGGCUUUUGCUUUAUUCAUCCAUCAGGAACUGGGACUGGAAGGAGAGCGCAAUGAUGUAGCAGAUAUUUGCGCUGGUACAGACCGUUACAGCAUGUUCAAAGUUGGACCUGUGCUCUCCAUAAGCCAUGGCAUGGGCAUUCCCUCCAUCUCCAUAAUGCUUCAUGAGCUCAUUAAGCUUCUCCACCACGCCAAGUGCAGAGAUGUCACCAUCAUUCGCAUUGGAACCUCAGGAGGAAUAGGCAUCGAACCUGGGUCAGUUGUGAUCACAGACGUAGCCGUGGAUUCGUUUUUCAGGCCUCAGUUUGAGCAGGUUGUUCUAGACAAAGUAGUUGUUAGAAACACUGAACUUCAUAAGGAGCUUGCCGAAGAUCUACUGCAGUGUAGCAAGGAGAUUGCAAGCUUCCCCACGAUUAUCGGCCACACCAUGUGCACCUAUGACUUCUAUGAAGGUCAAGGCCGACUAGAUGGAGCGCUCUGCUCAUUCUCUAAAGAGGAAAAGUUUGAGUAUCUGCAGAGGGCCUUCACAGCUGGAGUCCGCAACAUUGAAAUGGAAUCGACCGUAUUUGCUGCAAUGUGCUAUCUCUGCGGUCUUAAAGCUGCAGUUGUCUGUGUGACGCUCCUAAACAGACUGGAAGGAGACCAGAUCGCAGAAAGCCAUGAAACGCUGACGGAAUACCAAAAGCGGCCCCAGCAGCUGAUUGCAGCGUACAUAAAGAAACAACUGAAUAUAAGUUGAAAGUUGCUACCACCAAUAAGACUACGACUCCUUAUAGACUGGAAUCAGCAGAAAAAAAUAAAUACAUGUUGGUCUAACGCGAUUGAGCCGUUUACAAGGAGUAUUGCUAUAGGUCUGCUUUUUAAGCAAUUUCAAAGUGCUAUCAUCCAGUGUUGAUGGACAUUUGCAGAUCCCUGUAUCAUUAUGGACUUUGCAAAUGAUUUUUUACAAUUGGCAGUGAAA